UUUCUGUUUAGGAGAAUAUGCUCGUGCAUUUCGUCAGAAACCACUGGAACCAUUGGUCAGCUUAUUAAUGGGAUUAUCUUUUCUUCAAAUGGCUUGUCAGAAAUUUCAAUAUGGUCGCAAUGCAAGUAUCAUGCAAGUAAGAGAUCUGUGACUACUUGUGCUUUUUGUUAUUUUGGCGGAGUAUGUAAUAGACCUUAUGCAUAAGACGUCACAAGGCUUAAUGCCCGCGAGGAAUGCUGGUCUUAGUAAGUCAUCGCCCGGGAAAAUUUCGAUAGUGGCCAUUUUGAAUUGUUUAAUUUUCCCGGGCGAUGACUAAAGACCAGCAUUCCUCGUGGGCAUCAAGCCUUGUGACGUCAUUAUGCAUAAGGUCUAUUCUUUUCGUAGGUUCUGUAUCAUUGUGAUGGUGUAAAAACCAUGAUUGACCUGCAUGUUGUGUAGGUGGUAUUAUAAAGUAGGCCGCUGUGAUUUGUGUCCGAACUAUCUUAAAGAGGUUAAAAAUACUUGGACAUAUCAUGCGAGUCCCUCCGUAGGUUCGUGGUGACUAUGCUCAUGACGAUAAAUAUGAUUGUUGGUUUGGGCAUAUUAACUAUGGUUUGGGAGAAGGGGGGGCAUUUGUAGAAAUAAGCACCAUCGAACGCGUAUAUACUGUAGGUGUGAGGUGUGCAGGUGAUUGUGGCCCUUAUUGUAGUUUCACUAAAUUGGAUAGUCAAAGAUGUCGCAUUUGGAACUGGUGGAUAUCUCGUUUUCUCAAACUAUUUCAAAUUUUGUAGGCUUUCUUAUUUCUUUAUCAAUAUGAAGGCUUGCGGGGAAAAUGCCAGGAAACAGAUUAUAAUAUGGGAAGAAGUUACCAUCAAAUAGGUAAGUGUAUUCAGGGAGAAGACCUGAUAAUAAACUGGCGUAAUUAGUGCUCUUAAGUAUAGGUAGUAUAGUUUCGAGUGCAAUUUGGAAAACAACCUGCAUGCAUGCACGAGUGAGUUUUUCGAAGACGAUCGAAUGGGAAAAAAUGUAAAUUCAUGGCACUUGCAUGCAUCAAACGUAUGCGAAAUAGAUUAUUCACUUACUCGUUUGAGCGGAGUAACAACUUAAUACAAGUUUUCAACUGUCGAAAGUUAGAGGCUUGACAUUUAUAUCUUUUUUUGGCACUAAUUGUUUUAGCCCACACUGAAUUUCUUUUUUUUGCACUGUAUUUCAAGAAAAUUUCACUGCUCCUAGCUCAGGAUUGAGUAAUCUUUCCAUGUAUAUUACUAAACCCGUAAAACACCAGUUUAUUAUGUGCGUCAUACAAAUACCAAUCGAAAGCUUGCGUUUCAUUCAUUUAUUGUGGCAUUCAUAACAUCCAAGUGGCAUGAGUAUGAACACAAUGGAGGCUAGAGGCAAUGAUCAUGCAGUGUAUGUGCGUUUCACCUCUUCACUGUAGUUCGAUACCUGAUUCGGUAUGCCUUAUUAAUUUCGCCUUGUUAGCAUGUAAGAAGAGUGUUCCAGUUUGAUUAUCAUAACACAGCAGGUUUCUCCCUUUCGUAAUAACAAUGUAUACCAAUUAGGGCCUACCAUAGUCUACCCUUAGAGGGCCAGAAAAGUUUAUAUAGAGAUAGACCUAUCCAGUAUUAAAAAAGUUGGUCUUUUAAUAUAUGGUUUACGGUCAAAAACACCUCAAUCAACUAGACUUCAUUGUUCAUUUCAUUUAUGUUGUGAUGAUGAAUUUCAUUUUGUUGAUAACCUUGAUCAAGGUGAUCAGACCACCGACUACUGCAGUGACUAAAUAGUAACUAGUUUGUUAACGGAUAUUGUUUCUUAUCAUAAUUUUGUUCUGUAUCUCCAGGUUUAGUAAAUUUUGCCUCACAUUACUAUCACAAGGUCCUAAACUACCCGAUGGUUGAAGAAAAUAAUAAUGAAAAGGUAAUUCAUUGAGGAGUCACCUAUAAUUAUCGACAUUUUGACAAGGGGACAAACCGUACACUGGUAGGAGGAAGUCAUUAACCAAUGGACCUAUUCCCUAAUGAACAAAAUUUUGAUCUAGACAAGUCUAGACAAAAAUUUCAUCACAGCUUGAAAGAGCAUCACAAAAUUAGUAAUAUUCCAAAGUUUCGUUGCGAAAUGUUGUAAAAUGCGGAUAAUAUAGCCCUGCGAAGUUUGCCGUUUUUCAGUCAUUUUGUAUUACGCACGGGAAAUUGAUACCUUUUUUCAGGCUAUAUAUUAUCCGCAUUUUAUAACAUUUCGCAACGAAACUCUUUUUUUUUCUUUUUUUUUUUAAUGAAUUUAUUGAGCAAUCUACAUACGUACUAUAUCAGGUACAAAGAUAAAUACUUGACAAACGAAAGACAAUUAAAACACACGUCACAAAUCACAAAUUAGUAGAUACACUCAAACGGAAAAGCACAAGGGACAAAUUAGUAGAUACACUCAAACGGGACACUAAAAGUCCCAUGCGAGGUGCUCCCCGUAAUUAGUUUAGAUAUAGUUAAUUAAAUAUACACACACAUAUAUAUUACUUGUGGUAUUAAGUCCUAUGGCAAGGACAGUCACGAGUUAAUGACCACGUACAAGCCAUGUCUACGUCAUAAACAUUACUAAUUAAUGUAUAGUAUCUACGUUUAAGAUAGUGUUUAAACGAGUUUGGAUUACGGAAAAUGUCAGGUGAGACUUCUUGGCACACUGUGUUCCAAAUCUUUACAACACGAUUGUAGUAUGAAGACUGGAAAGUGUUAGUUUUACAGAGUUUAAUUUGAAGGAUAUAUCUUGACCUAUGGCUCAGUCUAGUACGACCAUGACUCACAAACGACACAUAGUUAUCGAUAUUGACGUCAAUGUAACUAAACAAUGGUUUGAAGAAAUACACCAAGUCUCUGACUUCUCGAUCAUAGGUUAACGGUAGCAGAUCUAUUGCUAAUAACCGUUCUCUGUACGACAGUUCGCCUCGCUUUGUCAUUGUUAUCAACCUAGUCGCUCUUCUUUGCACAUUUUCAACACGUGUUGAAAUCUGGACGCUGUUAACCGGCGACCAUACCUCUGUAGCAUAACACAGCUGGGACUUAACCAACGAUAAAUAUAAAGUUCGUCUGGCUUUCAUGUCCAUCAAUUCGGUACAAGUUCUUCUAAGUACGCCUAGUAUUUUGUUGGCCUUCGCGACGAUGGUGUUCGCGUGAAUGCCCCAAGAAAGUUUUGAUGUGGUGGUAAUUCCAAGAUCUUUUUCCCUAUCUACUCGAGUCAGGUUUUGGCUCCCAAGAGUGUAGUCAUGAAUGAUAGGAUUUUUCUUUCUGGUGAUGGUGAGGACUUUGCACUUAGAGACGUUGAAGCGGAGGUUGUUUUCCAUAGUCCAGAGAUUAAGAUUGGAUAGGGAGUGUUGAAAAGACGCACAAUCACGAUUACAGGUGAUGGUUUUGUGCAGUUUGGUGUCAUCUGCAUACAGAGCUGUACCUGUUCGGGCUUCUAUGUCGGGUAGAUCGUUGAUGAAUACUACAAACAACAUGGGUCCUAGAAUGCUUCCCUGAGGCACACCGGAAGUGACAGAAGACCAUCAUUUAGAUGUCACAUCAUCCACAACGACUCUUUGUGUCCUACUAUUAAGGUAGUUAACAAACCAAUCAAGAGCUGAGCCAGUCACACCGUAACAACGAAGCUUAGCUAGGAGGAUCGUGUGAUCUACAGAGUCGAAUGCCUUGGGAAAGUCGAGGUACAAUACAUCAGUCUGAGUGUUUCUGUCUAGAUCUUGUCCGAUGACCUGGAGGACAGACAGGAGUUGGGUGACGCAGGAUCUAUUUCUGAGAAAGCUGUGUUGGGAUGGACUGAUGAGGUGAGCAACAUGAUCAUAAAAUCUUGAGUAAACGCAGCGUUCCAGGAUCUUGCUAACGAUAGGCAAUAACGAGAUUGGCCUAUAGUUAUCUGCUGGUUCUUUCGAGUCUUUUUUAUGUAUGGGGGUCAGAUUUGCCGAUUUCCACUCCGAUGGAAUAAAACCAGAUUUGAGGGGGGCGUUGAAAAGGACACACAGGCUUGGGGCAAUUUGUUGAUGACAUUCUUUCAGAAGCCGCGCAGGAAUACCGUCAGGACCGCUUGCUUUUGUCACGUCUAGAUUGGCCAGGUGGUUAGAGACUUCUUCCUCGUCAACCGUUAUUUCUCUAAGUUGUAAGUCAGUUUUUAAUUGAGAAGAAUCGAAGGCAUGACUCCUAGGAUGGUUAGAUUGGAAAACGGAAGAGAAAUAUGAGUUAAAGAGUUCAGAUUUUUCGGCAGACGUUUUUGCCACUUUGCCUUUGUAGGAGAUGACGGGAUUGAGAGUCGAUUUAAAUGACGGGAUUUAAAUGACGGGAUUGACGGGAGUCGAUUUUCUUUCAAGCUGUGAUGAAAUUUUUGUCUAGACUUGUCUAGAUCAAAAUUUUGUUCAUUAGGGAAUAGGUCCAUUGCACGCUCUGGAAAAUGUCGAUGAUAGACCAAUUAUCAUUAUUUCUGAGGUUCAACAUUUAAGAGUACGCCCUGGGGGGGGGCGAGGGGAAGAAGUCGAGAAAAAAGGGUACUACCUGUACAUUGUAAUAAUUAUGAAUGAUCCCUAAUUAUCCUGACAGUUGUUCGACAUGCAUGCAUUGCGCAGUCAAGAGCGUAAAUCCAUUCCAAAAAGUGGGGGUAAUUUAUUCUAAAUUAUAUUACGAAUGUCCAAAAAGUGAGGGGAGCGCAUCCUCCUUUCCCCGCCGAGGAUUUACGCCGUGCUCGUUAAAAGUUGUUUAGCUGCGUGUUGUCCGAUUUAAUUAAAGUGCGUAUGACAUGAAAUUUCUUAUUUUCUUAAAUGAAAGAACUCUUUAAGCUGUAGUGUAACUUAUUUUUCAGUUUCUUGUUUUUAUGGUCUGUUCCCGAGAUAUUUCAAUUUGUUUGAUAUGUAAAUGAUGUGAAUAUAAGUUCUUUGUAUGUUUGAAUGUGAAUAUGUCCGCUAAUUUAUGACGUCACAUUGGUUGCAAGCUCAACUUAACUGGUUAUAAAUCUAUUAACUCUAAAAACUGUAGAUAUCAGUUCACGAUUUUCUACAGUGUUUCAUCACAUUUACCAGUGAGUGAAGUUUGAAAUUAUCAUCUUGGAUGAUAGUGCAGUAAUAUUCAACCAUUUUGAAGAGCUUGCAACCAAUGUGACGUCAUAAAUUAGCGGACAUAUUUACACUCAUUUACAUAUCAAACAAAUUGAAAUAUCUCGGGAACAAACCAUAAAAACAAGAAACUGAAAAAUAAGUUACACUACAGCUUAAAGACUUCUUUCAUUUAAGAAAAUAAGAAAUUUCAUGUCAUAUGCACUUUAAGAAACGCAAUGUAUUUAUUGACUUUUAUUUGUGUUUUAGUUUUGGGACAAGAACAACUUACAUCGCGAGGCUGCUUUCAACUUAUCAUUAAUAUACCGCGCUAGUGGUAACAAUCAAGUAGCAAGGGAUUUAUUGCAGAAAUAUUGUACCUUAUGAUAAAUCCUGAACGAACAUCUGUUCUGUGAUGAUACACUGAGGCCACACGCUAAAUUUGUCUAUAUUGUGUAUAUAACUAUACUUUUACGUCAGGCGAUUGCAGAUCAUUUGCAGAAUGGGCAGCCGGCUCCACUUCAUUCUCUCCACUUCAUUCUCUUGAAAACAUACAGAAAUUUUAAGUAUUGGGCAAGACUGAAUAACCCUAUAGUGAUUUUGCAAAUAGUUUGUAGACAGAGAAGUUCAAACAAAGAGUUUUAUUAUAUACCAAGGGGCGGUUGUUCGAAAGCCGUUUAGUUAAUCCUGGCUUAACCAAAAACUUCAAAGCAACUUUCCCAUGCAAUAGUUUGUUUGUAUGCAUGAAAAUAUUUUUCUAGAAAUCUUUUCUGGAUCGAUAAAUGUUUCAUUUUUUUAAGUUUUGAAAUAAAAGAAUGUGCAAAAAUACACAAAUCAAAUCAGCAGGUUAAAUCUUAACUCGGGGUUAGCGUUAAUCUAGCUUUGAACAACCGACCCCAAGUGUCAAAGUUCAGCGUCAACGUCAGGGCAACGGCUAUGAGUGGUGGACAUUACUUUCAUUCACCGGUGAAUAAUGUGCCCGCAUCCAAAUUCUGCAUGCCAAUCUAAAGGCAAUCGCUGCGUGAAGCUGGUGAAUAAAAUCUUCAGUUAUGGGGCAAAAAUUAUGGUACUUUCUCCUCCCCCCCCAUUCUUUUUUGUUUUCUUUAAUACUUGGUAUAAAAUACUUAUUGAUUCCACAAAACAUACUGUUUUCCUCGGAUCGUACUAAAUAAUCCACAAUUUCAUGCAGGGAUAUAUAUGUAUUGUAUAUAUAGAAUGCUAUUUAUUUUACAUGCUGUACUGUAAGAUAUAGUUAUUUAAAAAAC